GGCGUCUCCGUCACCUACACUCAUGUACUUUCCGAGUGACAUAGCCAUAUUUUGGGGUGAGAAAAGAUUAUUAUUAUUAUUAUAUUAUAUUCGUCCUUUCUUCGUUGCGUCGUCUUCAAAGCUUUGCCUUUGAAAUCUUCCCAAAUAGAUGGUUCUUGGAAAUACUGAAAGAUAAACGUGUAAUUUACUUUGUAGUCUUGUUGCCAUUGAUGGAGGAAAUAAUUUAAUAUCUUCACCAACUCAGCAUCAACUUUGCCAGUUGAAUUUUGCUCUCAUCCAAACCUGAUGGGGGAGAGCGGAACUGAGGAGACGUCACUCAUCUGCAUUGGGAGUAAAAUGCAAGCCUCCUGCUCAGCCGCCUGCACCGCGAGCCGCCGUGUGUCAUCGCUUUGUGGCCGAGGGACAUCAAAUUGCUGCGCAUACGAAACUGCAAUCAUGGAAGGAAUAGGAUGUUACUAGCAUCCGCCGUGGUGGUAUGGGAAUGGCUGAACGAGCACGGACGCUGGCGGCCCUACAGCCCGGUUGUCUGUCAUCACAUCGAGGCAGUCAUCCGGAGCGACCCGCGCUGUGGUAGCCUCGUCCUCGGCCAGGUGGACCCGCGCCUCUCGCCCUACAUCAUCGAUUUGCAUUCCAUGCACCAGUUUCGACAAGAUACUGGCACCCUUCGUCCGGUACGACGUAGCUUCUACGACCCCACCUCAGCGCCAGGCCAGGGCUGGUUGUGGGAGUGGGAGAACGACGCUGGUAGUUGGACAGCCUACGAUACAGAGGUGGGCAUUGCCAUCCAGGCAGCUCGUGACCGUCAGCAGCCCUGGCUGGACCUCACGCCGCUGGGUUUUUGCUACCUCAUUGACUUUGAAAGCAUGACCCAAAUCAAUGGGCAGACGCAGCGUUGCAGGCGCAUCCAGCGCCGGUCUGACCUAGCUUAUCCAUUAGUGUCUGGACCACUGCCCAAAUCUCACCAUGCUUGGGGACCCACACCCAUGCCCGGUUCCGGAGGUUUGCAGGGGGUGGAUUUGUCUGGAGUCGGCAUGGGCAUCCGAAUGGGCGUUAGUGGAACGAGAAAUGGCGGCGCAUACCCAAGUGGAGCGCUUCCUGCGUCAGCCAUCACUUCCCUCGGACAGCCCUGUGCUUGCCAUCAGUGUAUGCUGGUACUGAGUGUGAAAGCAGGUGCUAUGUCCACAGCGCAGACGUUGGGCCGAAGACCGCCGAUGACCAAGCACCCAAGUCCAAAAAUAAACAGUCACCACAUCCCAGGAGGCUCUUACUCACUAACUCUUCCACGGCCACCGUCCACAACACGAUCUCUCUCCCCUCACAGGAUGUCUGUGUUUGGAGGGACUGGCGGUUUGGGAAGUGUUGGUGCAGUUGGUUUUGCUGCUGGCAACAGUGGUAUUGGCAGCACAGGUUUUAGCAUAGGCGGCGGCUACAACCAUUCCCUCUCCUUUCUCGGUUCAGCCACUGCUGCCCUCUCCCUUACGUCUACUCGACCGCCACCUCCGCCCCUACCGCCUCUGCCACCACCAGCCCCACCUCCAUCCUCCGCACUCCUAUCCGUUGCCCCUUCAUCCUCUCACCCAGCUAUGUCAUCCUCAACUGCUACUUCCUGUACGGCUACGGCAGCGACGUCAGCCGCCAGCCCAACCCUCAUCUCUACAGUUGCCUCCACCUGCACACCGUCACCUUCAGCAAGAGUCCUGGGCCCAGUAUCGACAUCAGGUUCUGCCAGCUGUGCCGCCCCCCUACCACCACGUUCUAGCCUUGUUGGCCUGAGCCGACCUGCACUUCAGCGCAUCGCCAUGGCUCAGUCACGUGCCCUUAUAGCAUCUGGUGUGCCGACAGUCCCGGUGAAGAACCUGAAUGGGUCCAGUCCAGUUCACCCUGCACUGGCAGGCAUCACAGGCAUCCUCAUGAGCGCGGCAGGACUCCCUGUCUGUCUCACCCGGCCGCCCAAACUGGUGCUUCAUCCUCCACCUGUCAGCAAGAGUGAGAUUAAGCCUGUACCUGGACUGGGCCACUGUUGCCGCAAGACCACUAAGAAACAGGCACGCAAAGGUAAGACCCCCGAGGACGUCGUGAAGAGGUAUCUGCAGAAAGUCCGCAAUCCCCCAGAAGAGGACUGCACAAUUUGCAUGGAGGUGUUGUCCGGACCGUCGGGAUACAAAGGCCCCGGUAUAGGUGGAAUCUCCAGAGCUGAGUCUGUGGGCCGCCUGGCUCAGUGUGGCCAUCAGUACCACCUCCAGUGCCUGGUUGCCAUGUACAACAAUGGCAACAAAGACGGCAGCUUGCAGUGUCCAACCUGCAAAACCAUCUACGGGGUCAAGACCGGGAACCAGCCUCCCGGCAAAAUGGAGUAUCAUGUCAUCCCCCACUCUCUACCCGGACACCCCGACUGCAAAACUAUUCGGAUUAUUUACAAUAUCCCACCUGGCAUCCAGGGACCGGAACACCCCAACCCGGGCAAACCCUUCACUGCUCGGGGGUUUCCCAGACACUGCUACCUGCCAGACAGUGAAAAGGGCAGAAAGGUCCUGAAACUGCUGCUGGUAGCUUGGGACAGGCGGCUCAUCUUCUCUGUGGGGACGUCCAGCACCACGGGCGAGUCUGACACCGUCAUCUGGAACGAGGUGCAUCACAAGACUGAGUUUGGCUCCAACCUGACAGGUCAUGGUUACCCAGACCAAGGGCACUUGGACAAUGUCCUGGAGGAACUCAAAGCGCAGGGGAUCACGGAGGAGGAGUGCCUACCCCGAGACUGAACCCACAACGACAGGCGUGUGGCUCACAAUCUGACAUGUAAAAAUGAGAUGCAGCGAAUACAAACUCCAUGAGUAUGUGGGGAAAUUUGCGGGGGAAGUGACGCUGACAUCAACAGACAUUUGAGGGCACACUUGUUCGCUAUAUUUGUGGGGACAUUUCAUAGUCAUAAUGCUUUCUGCAAGCUCUCACCCUAAACCUAACCAUCCAAAACUAAUGGCUAACCUGAAACUCAAUCACGAUGACCCAGUUAUUAUGUCAUUUUAAUCCUCAAAAUGAGGUUUAAUAUUGUGGGGACUAGCAAAAAUGUCCCCAACUGUGUUUCCAAGAAUUGGUCCUUACAAUUAUAGCUAAACAAUGAAUACACACACACACACACACACACACACUUCAGUGUUAUCUUCGAACAAGCUUUUGUUUAUACUGUGAGACCUCUGCUCAAGAAUGUAACUCAGUAAGAUGUGUUUAUUGCUGCUGCUGACACGACUGGUGAAAUGUAGACGGUUUAUAUAUCUGUUCAGAGAUUCGACUGAAUGACCAACAUUUGACGAUGAAUCACGUGUCAUAUCUGAGCAUGGAUAUUUGCUGACACCUAGCGGUAAUUUUGCAAAAGUACAUUCCUUUUUAAGCUUGACUUUAAAAAUGUGUAUACUGAAGAUGAAUAUUGUUUUGAUUCUCUCAUGUUUUAUAUCGAAGUUUUGCAUUUGUUUUAUGUUUUUGAUGUGGCAUGGCAGGUGGAGACAAUUUUGUGUACCACACUUUCCGGAUCAUUUAAUUUAUAUACAUGAGUUGAGUAGGUAAGCAUACAUUCCUAGAACAUUUUAUCUUUGAAAUAAUGUUGUGAUCUGAUUCCUCCAAAUCUGAAGUCCCCAAAAUCAAGCUCCAGACUGGGCGGCUCACUUUAGCGCAGAUUUGCACAGAAAUAUAUGACACAGAAUGAGACAGAUGAUUGAUGUUUGGAAACUCUCUGGCCACUGAUGUGUCAUUCAUACUUUGUUCUUUUUCUUUCAUUUAUUGUUGCCAGGAAGCGUUUUGAGACAUUUAGUUAUUUAAGACACUUAUUUCGGAUCUUUAGGUCUGUAUCGGGUCCAGUGUUGAUUGGUUUGUAUUGUAAUAUUGGCCAACAUGAAAGCAUUUAUACUUUAUGAUACAUGAUGUAUGCAGUGUACUGUAAAUCUGUGUUCAUGUGCACAAGUUUGCAUUAAAUGUUUUUUUCUAUGA